GAGACGAAAGAGGAAGAAGAAGAAGAAGAAGAUGGAGAUUCGAGUGAAGUGUAGAUGUGGAGAAGAUGAGUGUAGCGAGUGGGCAAUCGUAGAACUCCAAGGAGUUGUCGAGACUCAAGCUUCGUUCGAAGGUUCUAUUCAGAAUCUCGAGAUCGGUCGUCUCUGUCAUACCGAAUCGUCGCAGGAAACGUACACGUUCACGGUGGGUUACCAUGAACUCAUAGGCUCUAAAGUGAUUCUAAAGAAGCCAUUACUGGUUUUGAAGAAGCUUCAGUUGGAUGAUGAAGUUUCAGGGAAAACAACGGAACUUGAAGUUGUUGGGAUUAUACGAACUAAGAUCUUGUUUAAGACCAGACCUAAGCCUCUCAUUUCUGGAACAAACUGAAACCUCUCUGUUGCUUCAUUGUCUCUGCUUGUUUCCUGUCUUAAAAGUGAUAAACUAUGUAGUCUCUCUGUUCGUUCUUUUCAAUGAGUUUGCAAAUCAAGAAACUUGAUUACAUUA